UACCAGUCGUUGUUCGUCAUUUGUCUCGUGGUCAUUCCUGCAAGUUUUCGAAUAACAUUUAGAAACUAAUGUGUGCGUGAACUCUUCAUUUAAAAUAUUUGAAAGAAAACAAAUAAAUGUUUUCAUUUAAUUUUAUUAGUUCAAGUGUUGGAAAUUAAGAAGCAAAAAAAAAAAAAUUAAUUAAAUUCUAAAUUUAAAAAGUGAUUUUUUUUCGAGUGGAAAAGAGAGUGAAAAGAAAAGACAAUUAUUGAGGAAAACUAUUUAAGGAAAAAAAAAGAAAUUUUUACACGCGUACACGUGGCUUUAUUUAUUGUGAUAAGAUUAAUUUCUUUCCGCAAUUUUUUUUUCUCUUAUUUUGGAGUAAAUGUAAAAAUUGCGAAAUGUGACAAUAAUAUUUUAAAUUAAAGGGAAAGAAAUAUUAUAAGUGAUAAAGUUUAUCUUUCGUUUAGUGUAUGGAAGUUUCUAACUACUAUAAAAUAUACUUGUUACGUUCAAAACUAAAUUUACAGAGGAUCUAUUUAUAAGUUUCAUAAAUAAAUGCACACAAAAGAUGUCAGAAAUGGAAGAGAGAUCAUAUUUUCAUUGGGCCGAUUGGUUUGUUUUUGCGUUGAUGCUAUUAAUUUCUGCGGCGGCGGGAAUUUGGCAUUUCAGAAAAGCUCAAAAAUCCAAUACUGAAGUUUAUUUAUUGGGUGGAAAAGGAAUGAGUCUUUAUCCAGUCUCAGCUUCACUUGUUGCAAGUUUUAUAUCGGGUGUAACAAUUUUGGGCACACCGGCAGAAAUUUACAAUUUUGGUACCCAAUAUUGGAUAACAAUAAUCUCAAUUCUUCUUUCUGGAAUUGGCGUUGCACUCGUUUAUCUUCCAGUUUUCUUCACUCUAAAACUUAAUUCCGCUUACGAGUAUUUGGAGUUAAGAUUCAACUCGUCAGUGAGAAUUUUAAUUUCCCUCAUUUUUGUCGUCGACGUGGUUCUCUACCAGUCGAUUGUGAUUUACGUUCCUGCGUUGGCAUUAAAUCAAGUGAGUGGAAUAAAUGUUCACUUAAUCGGCACUAUCGUCUGCUUGACAUGCGUCUUUUACACAGUGUUGGGUGGUUUAAGAGCAGUUGUCUGGACGGACGCACUUCAAGUGGCUGUGAUGGUAACCGCUGUGAUAACUGUGACAAUCUUAGGAACAAUUUACAUUGGCGGACCUUCGGCCGUUUGGCAGAAAGCCCAAGAUGCCAAGAGAAUACAAUUUUUUAAUUUUGACGUCUCACCGUACACUAGACACACAGUCUGGACUGUUUUAUUUGGAUCAUGGCUCUACAGUAUGGGCUAUAUUUCAGUAAAUCAAACAAUGGUGCAAAGAUAUACUUCUUUGAAAGAUUUGAAAACAUCAAAACUAUCAAUAGCAAUUUUUACGAUUGGCGUAAUGGCGUUUAUUUCAUUGUGCUGCUGGUGUGGACUUGUUCUAUUGGCCUGGUGGUCGCCACCAAAGUGUGAUCCAAGAGCAAGUGGUCUAAUUAUUGCUGACGAUCAACUUUUGCCCGCUUACGUCAUGGAAAUAGCGGGCAAAUAUCACGGUGUGCCCGGUCUUUUUAUUUCUGGUGUUUUUGGAGCCGCGCUCAGUACCUUAUCGGUUGGACUUAAUUCAACGUCAGUGGUUCUUUUGGAGGAUUUUGUGAAGGGAUACUUUAAAUUGAAGCCCACCGAUCGAUGUGCGAGAAUAUUUGUUAAAAGUAUUAUCAUUAUUCUUGGACUACUUGCGCUCGCACUUCUUUUUCUUAUUGAAAAAUUAGGAGGUGUUCUUUCGGUGACCAGCAGUUUGGCAGCAAUUGCUGCUGGAACUUCUUUUGGAGUUUUUACUUUAGGCAUGUUGUUCCCCUGGACAAAUUCUAAGGGUGCUUUUGUUGGUGCAAUAGCAGGAUUCGUGAUAUCCGGUUGGGCGAGUCUUGGGGCAAAUGCAGCAAUUGGUUCCGGUAUUGUGAUGCCAAAAAAAUUGCCAGUCGACUAUUCGUAUUGUCCAGGAAAUAUCAGCGAAUCAUUUUUGGAUCAAUUUAAAUACGUUGAUGAAGAAGACGUGUUUCCUUUUUAUCGACUGUCUUAUCAUUGGUUCGCUGGUUUGGGAACAAUUGUUGUUAUUGUGGUGGGAAUAAUCGUCACUUUGAUAACUGGACCACUAGAUCCUUCUACUGUCGACAGGUCAUUACUUUCACCAGUAAUUCACAGAUGGUUACCGAGACCGGGUUACUAUGACGAAAGCGGAAAUUGGAGGCGGCCGUCGAGUCAAUUUUCGGAUUUUAUAAAUCAUCGACACAAUCCAAAUAGCGAAGUAACGAAAUUUUAAAUAUUUUUUUUUCUAUUUUAUUUUUCCAAUUUAGCGAAUUAAAUUUUCUGGACUCUAAUAUGUAGAGUUGACGAGAAAAAUAGCAAUGAAGUAUUUUUUUAGGACUUUUCUAAACCUCCAAAGUUAAAUUCAUCUGGAAAAAAUUUUUUAUUUUGCAAAUGAAAUAUUUUUAUAGAAAAAGCUUUUUUACAAGAAAAAAACAAUCAACUCUUUUAUGAAGUGAGAAUUUAGAAAAAACAAUUUUUGUUUAAAUUGUACUUAAGACAAUUUUUUAUUAAUAAAAUAAAAAAUUAUUUUUAUAAAA